GGUGAAGCCGCCUGAGCUCUGCCCGCCUCCUCCUCCCUUCUUCGGCCUGCGCCGCGACGCGAGGCCGGGGCCCCGGGCAGAGGCCUAGGCCGCGGGGAGGCCUAAGCGACGGGUUGCUAGGCAACAGCGCGGCGCGCCUAGAGCGCGUCACUUCCGGCGCGCCGCUUCCCCUACCCCGACGCCGCCGCCGCCGCCAUGGCCGCCACGACCGGCCCCGCGUCCCGCCGGGUCUCGGUGUUCCCCUCCCCGCAGGAGCUGGGCCCGGCCCUGGCGCAGCUGGUGCUCGAACGGGCGGCGGCGGCCGGCGGCGGCGGCCGCCGUUUCUCGGUGGGUCUUUCGGGAGGGAGUUUAGUGGAGAUCCUCGCCCGGGACCUGCCCCCCGCCGUCGCCUCCGCCGCCGUUUCCCCGGCCGGCUGGCUCUUGGCCUUCUGCGACGAGCGGCUCGUUCCCCCCGAGCACCCGGACAGCACCGCCGGGGCCUACAAGGCCCAGCUGCUGCCGCGGCUGCCGGUCCCCGGGCCGCGGGUGCUGACCGCCCCCCCCCGGCUGCCCCCCGCCGCCGCCGCCGCCGAGUACGCCGCUCAGCUCCGUCAGGUUUUCCCGGGUGAGGACAUUCCCGUCUUCGACUUAUUGGUGCUGGGGGUCGGACCGGACGGGCACACCGGCUCCCUCUUCCCCGGUCACCCCCUGCUCCAGGAGAAAGAAAAAAUCGUCGCUGCUAUCACCGACUCUCCGAAGCCGCCACCAGAGAGAAUAACAUUGACCCUGCCGGUGCUGAACGCCGCGCGGAUGGUUGUGUUCGUGGCUACGGGGGAAAGCAAAGCUGCUGUUUUAAAGCGCAUUUUGGAAGGCGACGAGGAAAACCCCCUUCCCGCCGCUCGUGUCCAGCCUCGCUCCGGGCAGCUGCGCUGGUUCCUGGACGAGUCGGCAGCCAAGGAGCUGACCAUCCCCGUCGAGAAACAUUCCGUCUUGUAGAGCCGACUGCCGGCCGGCCUCGGGUGACUGUAACCGCGGCACCGGCGGCGUGACGUUCCAGGUGAAGAACACCACGUUCGAUCGUAGCACUCAGUUGUGGCCCAAACCACGGUUUUUAUUAUUUCCCCCACACACACACUUUCUGGACCAAAUGGUGCUUUGCCGAGCACAAAUUUUUACGUAAUAUUCCCUUCGGUUCGGUGGGGGCUGUGUUGGAACCGCACGCGGUGACGGCGUUGCGCGGUUCGUUUCGGUCGCUGUGACGUGAAAGGCGUGUGCGACAUUAAACAGACGGAUUUCA